CAGAAGUAACGGUUUCAGCUGAGGAUGAACGGUGUUUUCAGUGGGAAACCUCUGAGCGCUCCGCCGCGGAGGACCUUCAGCUGCAGCCACGCUGGAUGUGCAGCAACUUUCCCCAGAGAGUGGAAGCUGAAGGAGCACGAGACGGUGCACACCGGGGCGCGGCCCUGCCAGUGUCCAGUUUCCAGCUGCGGUCGCCGCUUUAAGAGGACAGCUCACCUGAGACGCCACCUGUCCCAGCACAAAGGCCUGGCGCACUUCCGAUGCCACAUACCCACGUGUGCCAAGACGUUUUACUACGCGGACAAACUGAAAAGGCACGUGCGCUUCGUCCAUGGAAACGAGAACUACUUCAAGUGCAACCAGCCGAACUGCGCUUUAACCUUUAAAAAGCGCAGACUGUUCAAGCUGCACCUACAGCAGCAGCACAGCGUGGCUGCUAAGUUCAGAUGCUCUAAGGAUGCUUGUGGGGCCACAUUCGACUCCCAUGUUGCCCGUAAAGCUCAUGAGAAGAAACAUGCAGGUUACCGCUGCCUUCAUGCUAACUGUCAAGUACUUGAACACACCUGGAGCAAGCUCCAGAAGCACAUGGCUACACAUCCAGUUGCAUUUACCUGCAGCGUGUGUCAGAAGGAGUUUAAGAAAGCGGACGCGCUGCGGAGACACAAACGGAAGCACGCGUCCCAUAAGCCGGUGCUGAUGUGUCCCAGAGAAGACUGCCAGGCUUAUUUCACCACGACCUUUAACCUCGAGCACCACAUCCGCAAAGUCCACCUUCAGCUUCUGAAGUACAAGUGCUCGUUCCCAGACUGCCCACGCAUGUUUGCCAUGAGGGAGAGUAUGUACAGACACCUCCUUCGCCAUGAUCCAAGCUCCUCAGCCCUGAGGAAAUGUUGGAAGCCAAAGAAAACGUGGCAGAAACGCCUGAAUGGAAGCAAUCAGCCCCUGGUGGAGGAGAACCUGCAGCGCCUCUUCGCUCUGCGCAUGAGGAUCUCCAGACGUGGCAAGGUGGAAGCCAACCUGUCGGGACUCUUCAACGAACGAAAGAUCCCUCACUACGUCGACCCAGAGGUCAACCUGCGCGGCUUGUUCGCAAUCAAGCAGCCUCGGCCUUUAGAGGUGCCCGAGGUGGUGCCUGUUAAAGGUUAGAUGGGAAUGUGAACAGACAGCUGAGUUUUUGUUUGCAGGGUUUAGGAGUUGGGUCUUUUUGAUUUUAAUUCAGCUGACUCGUUUAGUUUGUGUGAAUGUGACGUGACAUUAAUUUGAUUUUCUUAAGCUGGAAGCUGACCCAAUAAACUUGAGUUUGGUUUAGCCUGAA